ACGACAAGACAAGAAAGACAGAAAAAUUUAUAAUGUUGUGCUUUCAAAAGUUUCUUAAUUAAUUAAUUAACAAAAAAAUAAAAAUUGCAUUUAUUCUUUCAUAUAUUUUUGUUUUCCAAUUAAAAAAACAUUUAAAAAAAUGUUAAUAAAUUAUCUAUUUAUGCUUUAUCUAAGCAUUCAUUUAACAAUAUCAACAGUUUCUGCCAACCAAACAAGUAUUUCUUCUUCUAAUAAUUCUGAAACGCAUAUUCUCCAAAAUAAUGCCAGUGCCAAUGUCAGCGCUCCGUUGGCCAUAAUUCAAUCCAAAGAUGAUCAACAAAAAAUUAAAAUUAACAAAAAAGGCGAACGUGUGCUAAAUCGUGGAAUUGCACCAACAAAUUUGAAUUCAAUAGCAAAUAAUAGCAGCAAUGUUAGCAAAAUUAUAACAAAAUUAAAUGAAACUCAAGCUAUAACAAUUGUCACUGAAGGUUCAGGAGUUUCUAAAAUAAAUCUAAAAAAUGACACACUUGCAAUUGCUGUUGCUGGGCAAAAAGUCAACAAUUUGACAAAAAUCCCCGCAGCAAUGACAACAACAACAACAAAAGCACCUUUGCCUAUUGUUUUAAAUGCCACUGAAGUAAAGUUGCACGAAACAAAGGCAAGUGGCAUUGUAACCACGACAAUUAAGCCCACUUUAGUUGUUGCCCAGAAUAAAACUUCGAUUUUAGUUAAAUCUCCUACAACGACAACUACAACUUCGACAACUACCACGACAACUUCCACAACGACUUCCACAACAACGCCAAAACCUAAAAAGCCAAAAGUUACAUAUAGCAUUGAUGACAUGCCAGAUUUGGCCAAAGUCAUACCUAGUAGCUCUUCCAAUAACAAAUUCCCUUCCGAAACAAAAUCUUCCGCUCCCAAGUUGAGUGUGGAAGAACCAGAAAUACCACAUGUCCAACCUUCACAGGAAUUUGAUGGUGGAUUGUAUCGCAAUCAUCGCGAUUACAUUAUACCAAUUGUUUCCAUUAUAUUCGCCGUGCCAAUUCUAAUGGGAAUGGUCAUUGUGGCUUAUCGGCGAUUUAGAGAUUUUUGGUCGACUCGUCAUUAUCGUAGGAUGGACUUUUUGGUCGAUGGAAUGUAUAAUGAUUGACAGGGUUAUGCAGUUGGAACAACAUAAUAGAUUUUGUUGUUCUUUAAAGGAGAAGAAGAAGAAUGUAAAAGGAAACUUGCGGCCAAAUUUAAUGAAAUCCUUUUUUUUUUUGAAAUUUUAUAUCUACUUCCCACAUGAAUUUAUUCUGUGAUUUUGAUUUUUUUGUUGGUUUUUUUUUUCAUUUAUUGGUGCAUUUUGGUAUUUUAUUUUCCUAAUCUUAUUAAGACAGUAAAAUAGGGACAAGCUUGAAAGUGCUUGAACAAAAAAUCUCGCUUUUAUUGAAAUAUUUUAUAAGAAAAAAUAUUAACGUUUAUAUAUAAAUUUAAUUAAUUAAUAAUUUUACACUCAAUAUUUGUAUUUGUCAUCAAAAUGUAAUGCAGUCGGCAGCGAUAGCAGCUUUUGUUUAAAGUGAAGCAGUAUGAAUUAAAACAAUGAAGAUAAUAAGCUGUAUGAAUGAUGACGCUUUUGUUAACCCCUCUUCCAAAUUAAUAAUUAUUGUGUCAAUAUUCUAAUACAAUACCAUCAGGAAUAAAUCAAAAAAAUUUAACAGACCACAAAAAAAAAAUAAAAUAUAUAUAAAAAUAAGCAAAAUGCUGUUAAAUCGAUCAAAUUGCAGGUAAAUUAUUUUAAAGCUUGAACUAUCACUAGUUGUUAAAAUAAAAACAAACAAAAAAAUUGAAUUGAAGAUGUUGCAAUACGUAUUAAAAAUACACCAAUAACAUAAAUAAUUAACAUAAAUAAGUAAUAAUAAUUAAGCCAAAAUAAGAAAAACAAAAAGUUGAACAAAACAAAAAUCUUAUAAUCGAAAUAAAUACAAAAAUAACCCCUUUUAUAACCCCGAAUUCCUGCAAAAAAAAAAUAUUAAAAAAAAAAUUGUUUUAGUGCCUUAAUGUAAAAUAAAAUUAUUAGUUCAGAAAAAUAUACGAAAUAUAAGUUUAAUAAAAAUAAAUUAAAAACAAAAAGAAUAGCUUCAAAAUAAAAUUCGAAUAACCAGCUUAACAAUUAAAGGGAAAAUAACAUUUAUUAAAAUUAACAAAAAAAAAAUAUGAAUUAAGUAUCCAAAUGAAUAUUAAAUAAAAAAAAAAACUAUUAUAAACAAAAGAAAACAUUUACUCUGAUAUUAUAUUUUUCUACUAAGCAGUAUAAUAAAUACAUAAUAAUUACCUUGAUGUAUUUACAUUUGUAUUUAAAUGAAAUAUUUAUAUUUUCUGCAAAAAAAAAGAAAAAAACAACCCAUAAUUACCUUUAUAAAAUGUAAAUUAUAGUGUUGUGAUAAAAUUAAAACUAAAAUUAAUUAAUUAUAACUUUCAUGUG